CUUUGCUUCUCUCUCCCUCUCCCCUCUCGUCUCCUCUUCUGUGUGUGUGCAGGAGGGAGCGCAUAGGAGAGAUCUAUGUGAGAGCUCGAGCCUGAGCCUGUGCGUGCCUUCUCGCAGAGAUCUGCACACGAUGGCUGCACGGGCACUGCACGCUUAGGCUCCUCUGUGCGUGUGGUGCCCGCAUUUAAAUUAUGGAGAUCUCGUCACGGGAACGACGAACGACGCGCCUCACACCUUGCACCUGGGAGUCGUUCAUUCUUUCGAGGACACCUGACUGCCUCGAUGAGGGCAUGAGAGUCUUGUCACAGAGAUCAGGUAUGUACGCUCUUUUGCACGGCACAGCAUGGCACGACUUGGAAGAAAGACAGACGACGGCGCGUCUUUGCGUGGCUGUCUUUUCAUGCACUGUGGGGCUUCGAAGAUGGCCUGUCGGCACUAAAGACUUUUGCCUCUUUUGUUUUGCCUCUUUGCCCUUUUGCCUCGUUCGUUGCUACGUCUGUCUCAUGAUAGGGGCGGCGGACAGGCACGCAGGCAGGUUUGGCGAAAGAGUGCUGUCCCUCUCUCUCUCUCUCUGUGUGUGUGUGUGGGGGGGAGUUUGGUCACCAUCGUCUGGUUCGCUCCCUCGACUCGCCGGAGCACAAGCAGAUCCUCAAGAUGGUUCAGGCUGCCACACGGGUAACCACAGACACGCAACACGCCCGUCCAACCACACACAUUCACCGGUUUCUCUCUCUCUCUCUCUGCGUGUGUGUGGAUGAGUGCAGGAGUUGACCAUUUUGGGCUUCAUAGCGUUGCUGCUGUUCUCUGCGGUUCGGUGGGGCAUUGUCAAGGCCAUCAACGACAGCCUCUUCGGCAUCGACCGCAUCGAGGCCACCGCCGUCCGCGAGCUGACGUCACACCACGAGCCCAAGGAACUGGCCAUUACAAAAAUGUUCGAACGUGAGUCAGCACACACACACAGAGACGACAGAGAGGGAGAGAGACAUGUCUACGUGUGUAUUCAGUGUUCGAGUCGGUGCACUACUUUGUGUUUGCGGUCAUGGUGACGUUCAUCCUGAUGACGACGCUGCUCAUCAUUCUCGCACUCCGCCAAACCAACGUCUGGCACCGAUACGACAAACUCACCAUGGCCGACCUCUCUCGGCGGGGCGUGAGCAGUGCGGCAAUCAGCUACUGGGGAACGAAACACCGCUUCCACACGUACGUGAAUCAGCCAGUCAGCGAUGGGACGCUGGCAGAUAGACGGCCGUGUCAUGUCUCUCUGUGUGCGUGUCCAUCUACAUGUCAGCAACGACAACAUGUUCAUCGCCAAGCCGACACAGCCGUGUCGCUUCUCGUUCGCGUCGUAUCUGUCAGUGAGUCUGCUCGCCUUCCUGACGUCACUCGUGGAGAUCCCCGUCAUGUCAUGGUACGCACACACAGAGACAUGGACACAUGGACACACCACAUCUCUCUCUCUCUCUCUCUCACGCAGGAUGGUGCUCCUGGCUGUCGCCGUCCUUGCCAAGUACAGCCGGCUCCACACACAGUGUCACAACACACUCUCAUGUCACAUCUGUCUGUGACAGGCCGGCGUUGUCACUUGGCGAAACAGAUCUGGCGGUGUUCCUCUCAGUUUGCCUGGCGGGCCUCUUCCUGGUGUCGCUGACCUUCUGCGUCCACAUCGGCAACAAGCGCAGCUAUGUCGAGCCCAACGUCGUCAGCGUAUCUCAGGAAAUCCACCAGGGCACACGUAAGGAACAUCUGAGACACACACACACACACACACAAUGGAUGUGUGUGCAUGAUCAGCUGACCGCGUUCACGCGGCAGUUGAGAAGGACGCAGUGGUGAUUCCGUCUGGUCAGAACGCCAUCAGCCGUGCCAUCAACGCCACCUUCGGGCUGCCCUCGUUGGUCCAUCGAGACGAAAUGGCAUUUGCGCCACCACCUGAACGGAGCGAUGGCGUGAUCGAACUCAAUGGGCUUCCCGUCGCAUGCUCCACGUAGA